ACUACAAAGUUAAAACCCUUCAAGAAUCUGGUUACUCUUCAUAAUACUCCUGCGGAAAUCAUUUCUGCUAAGAACCUGUUUACAAAGGAGAGCUAUUUCAUCAGCCAUAGCCAUACAACACUACACAGCUGAAGACAGCUGAAGAGAACUAAUGGGGGAAGAAGCAAACUCAGCAACAGGACAUACCCAAGUCGACACGACGACCUCUGAGAACACUGAAGAGCUCCUCGAGGCUGCUAGAUAUGAUGACAUUGAUGAUAUCAUAAGCUUGGAAUCCGCUGGAGUUUCUCUUGAUUCCAAGGAUUCACAAGGACGAACAGCACUUCACAUGGCUGCAGCUAAUGGACAUCUCGGCAUUGUGGAAUAUCUCAUUGGCAGAGGAGUGGAUGUUAAUGCUUCUAAUGAGGAGAAGAACACGCCUCUUCAUUGGGCUUGCCUCAAUGGACAUAUUGAGGUGGUUAAAAAAUUGAUUCUGGCAGGAGCAAAUGUAAGCAUGUUAAACAGCCAUGAGCGGACCCCAAUCGAUGAAGCUGUGAGUAGGGGAAAGAUGGAUGUCAUCGAUGCCAUCAAUGCUACAGCAGCACAAGUUGAACUAGGUGGUGUCACAGUUUCCUAACUGUUUCUAAUUGGUCAAUUCUUUCGUUUUCUCCUUUUUUUGCUCCAUAAUGUGAAAUUUUUGUGAAGCUCUAGUGGGUUCCCCCUUAUUUCGCUUUGUUACUGUGAUGCUUUGGAAUAAUAUAAAUCAAAUUUUCUAUACAAAAUUCUCUGAGAUAGUGCCUUGUUAAUAGCAAGAAAGUGUGAGUUGAGUGGUUGCUUUUUAGUGCUUUAAGAUAUAAUUGUUUCUAAGAUUUUUUUUUUUUCUCCUCUUCCGCACAAAAGAUUUCAAAACUAUUCUUGGCUCAAAACCAAGUAAACCUAAUGGAGGAAUAAAGGUAAAAGAUCCUCACCCCCUUUCCAGAUUCAUUAUUGUCUCUCUUUCCCAUUAUCCGUGGCUUUGUUAUGGCUUUGUUUUAGUGAUUGAAAAGAGGAAUGGUACAGCAUCAAGCUUAUCU